UGCUCUCAUCCCCAGGGACCGGCGGGCGCCCCGGGCGGGCGCUCUUGGGGACGCAGCGUGCCCCCGGGGUUGCCCUGCUCCUCCGGCCGCCUGGCGGGGGGGGGGGCAGUUCGAGAGUCGGACGGGGAGGGGACCAAGUUUGAAAUAGAAAAUCCGGAGAGAAAGAGAGGGAGACCAGGAGGGUUGGAGAAACCAGGCUUCGGGGAAGCCCAAUGGGGCGGAAAAACCGAGACCCAAGGACGCGAGCGGCGGGAGGCUGCUGUGGUCAUUGAAACAGGGACCAGACGGGACAUGUACCAUUGCGAGGGGCCUGAAGCGUUAACGUCCUGCUCAAUCCGUUUGUGUAGGAGGGCUGCAAGGACCACUCUCCCCAUUCCAUUCCCUGGGCAUACAGAAAUGUUACAGGGGAGGGGUGGGAGGCCAGGACCUUCAGCGCAUUAGAGAACCUGAAGGCUGGCGUGUGCCCCCUGGGAGACAGAGACGUCUGAUCACAAAGAGGGCCCCCAAACCGCGAUCCAGUGGCGCGCAGCUGGACAGACGGGGCCCUCAGCCCAGGACAAGAACCUGAGAGGCCCACACAGGAUGAAUAGGAAGCUGAGGGGGGGCGCGGGGGGAGGUGAGGCGGGGGUUGGGGUGGACGUGAAACACGGGACGGGACAGACUCUGAGCCAAGCCUUUCCCUGUAAGGCAGGGGACCUGGGACAGUGAGAUGUGAGAUGGAAAGCAAGAGGAGCCCCACACACAGACACGGCUGCCAGGACAGCCCCCAGCUUAUUUUUAAACUCACAUCUUAGUCCAGCAGCUUCAGCCCUAGGGGACUCGGGGUGAAUGAACUGUUCCCGGCAGUCCCAGAGCUGCAGAAAGAUCCUGCCCCCGCCCCUACACUGCUUUCACUGAAGGGGAAGAGGACAGCAGACAGGCUUGGAUUGGUAGCUUGGGGGCCCCCCUGAACGAGGUGGGGGGGUAACUUGAUUUGUCCCCUCAAGUCUCCUGUCAUCCCCUGGGGGGAGGGGAGGUCUGUUCUCAUCUGUCAGACUGGCAGGUGUGGGACCUGGCCAGGGUCCUCCUGGGCAGGAGGGAGGGGAGGGGGGAGACAAAAGGACUGAGCAGUUGGCACAGGUCGUUGGAAAGGCUGCUGGGUGUCUUCCAGUGGCAGGGCUGGCUGCUGGGGAGCUGAGCCAGGCCCUGGGACGGCUCCUGUGCCUCUGUACUUGGAAGCUGCACCACCUCUUCCAGCACCAGCUCGGCAUUUCUAGAGAGAGGUGGCGGUGCCCACAGACAUUUGCUAGCUGAGUGACCCUGGAUGUGCUCUGCCCCCUCCCUGGCCUCGUGUCUGGCUCUAUGCUGUCAGCCUUUCAGGAGGUCAGAUGGAAGGUGACAGGGGGUGGCAGAGCAGGCAGGUAUAUAGCUAGGUAGCUGUGCACCUGCUUGCGGGAGCUGUUACACUCCCUGGAGUUAGGCAGACUGGUGCCCCUCCUGGCCCCACUGCUGUCCUGACCCAGCCCAGUGGGCCUGGGACCUCUUGUCCUCUCCCUGGGCCUCUGCGAGUAGGUCCAGGUCACGUCGCCAGCUCCCUGCCACAGGCCUUCCUGAGAAACUGGCAUCGUCAUACUGCAGCCAGAUACUGAGGACUGGUGACCCGCCAGGUACUCACUGAACCCCACCACUCUGGCAAGUAGAAGGAGUCUUAGGUCAGUUAGAGAGAUGGAAAAAAAAAAAAAAAUGGAAGGUGAGGGGAGUCUGGAAGUUUGAGUAACUGGCCCAGGGUCAUCUUAACUAGUGAGGAGCCAGCAUCCAAACUCAGGGUUGAAUUUCACAGCUCACUGUUCUGCAGCCACUUGCCAAGUGGUUAUCUUCUUAAGGUGGUGUGUGUGCGUGUGUGCGCGUGCCCGCGCGCCUCAGGUAGAGGAGGGUAUAUGGGAAAGGAUGUGUUGUUAAGGACAGGAGCUGAGCGCCAUCUGGCAGAUGAAGCGGUCUCCCCAGUCCCUGCCCCCCUCACCAGGGAGAAUACAGGAACUGGUUCCCUCCAGUCCCUUGGGUCCCCCAGUCUUGCCAGGAAAGGGGGUUGGGGUGGGCUAAGAAGGACAGGCAGAGACAGGUGGGCCUGCUGAUGCCCUUCUCUCUGUCCUCCCUCCCCAGGGCUCAGUUGGAAGGAAUGAAGGAUUGGGGGAUUCUGGGAAGGAAACAAGCCACUCCCAUACCUUAUUUGGGGUGCCCCCGGCUCAGAGGGGUGAGUGCCUCCCAGGGGUCAGCCCCAGGGCUAGCCAGGGCCUGGGAAGGAGGUUCCUGCUACUGCUGCUGCUGCUAGAUAAACCAGGAAGGAAGGAAGGAAAAGAGCCAGGGGGGCCCUCCCAUAGGGACACACUGCCACCUUCCACCUGCGCGGCCGCCUGUUGCUCCCUGUGACUGACAGCCCAGGCAGUCCUCAGAUGUUGGGCCAGAGGAAGCCCAGGCCUGAGUGAUCCUGCGAGCGGGAACGGGAGGAGGGCUACCCCCCACCUUAGGGCAUUACUCCAGUCCCAAGAGGCCCCCUCCCCGCUCUGAAUUCCCCAGCUCCUAUGAACCUCGCGUCCUCGGCAUGGGGUUUGAACCAAGUGUACUCCCGUGGUGUGGAAGGCAAGCCUGGGACCCAGGAGCCCACUGGGCAGGAGAGUAGGACCCUUUGGCCUUGGGGGCGGCUGCCGGCGCCUGGAGUCUGCACUUCAAGCCAGAGCAAUGUUUUCUGGCCAGAAGUUCCCUGCUGGGGCUGGCUGAGAGAAGAGGGCUUUUCCUUCAGCUGGAGCCAGGGCAGGCCGUGGGCUCUGCCAAUCACGGGAUUCCGAUGGAGGAGAGUGGGGCGCUGGGUUCCUUUGUGUCUCUCCAACUCGCCCAGGUUCCUCUGCAGCUGUGAGAGCAUCUGUCCCUUCCUGUGGACUUUGGUGGUGUCUCUCCAACACCCUGGGACCCCAUCCCUGAGAGAGCAGACUUGCUAGUAGAGGCAGCCAGGAGUGGGGAGCUCGGACCUGGGGGCUGAAGCCGCCAGAAGGGGCUGGGAACCCCACUUCCCUACCCUCUGCUCCCCACACUCUUGUUCCAGAGGCAGCUGUGUGGAUGACCUCAUCCCACAAACAUGCUUUGUUCCUGAGAAAAUGGAAAGUGUCUGAGGUUUGCUGGGGGGCUGGGUGUCUGCAGCAGCAACGCCAGGGUUCCCCCUAUCCUCUUCCUUCCCAUCUCAGAGGGGCCCUGACCAGGGACAGGAUGGCUCGGGUACCACCUCCCCCUUCACGUCCACCACCCCAACCCUGAUGAGUGAGAAAAGAUGGCGGGGGAGGCUCUCCGGGUGUGUGCCAAGGUCAGGAGGAGAGAAAUCACCCCCCAGAAAAAAAAGAAGCUCCUGGAGAUGGAGGGGCGAUGCUGGUGGCUGGCAGCAGGCAGUAGGGGCCAUGCUGCUGUCUGUCCGGGUGCCCCUUGACCAUCCUGGGCGUCGUGUUUUCCUUCUCUGUCCCCUGUGGCUGGCAGCAUGGGACAUCUGACCAUGGAUACCAUCACAGCUGCUGCAGAUGCCGCAGCCACGGCUGCCCAGGCUGGUGUGACCUGAGACACAGCGGGGUGGAGGAGGAUGAGGCAGAGGGCCCAGCUGGGGAAGCAUGGCUGGAUCCAGCUUACAGGAUUUCCUUCCUGCUGAAACCCAUCCGGAGCCUCUCAAGUUCUCGAUGCUUGGCUGAUUUCUCUUGGGAGGGAAGGUUCAACUUCUCGUAGCGGCCUCCUCCACCAUUCAUCCGUCCUGUGGCCCUCUAGAAUUCCACCGUUUCCUGGCUCCGACAGGGGAGGGUCAGCCCAUUCUUGUCCCUGUGCUUUCCACGUUAUCCAUCCUCUCUCCCAAUCCCUCGGGCCUUUCCUGGGAGACCAGGGAGGGUGGAAAUGCUGUUCUGGUGCGGGUGGGGUAGGGUGGCUCCCUGCCCUGGUCAUUGCUCCUGCCGUCCUGGGGACAGUGGGGACCGUGGCAGCUAAACUCACUGUGGAACAGGAAAUGAGUCACUGACCCAGGAAAAGCCCCCUCCCCCCAGAUCUGCUACAGCCUAGAUAAGAAAACAACUUCUGCUUCCUGGUUUUUGUUGUUUUUUUUUUUCCCCUGACCCCUUCCUAUCCCAACUGUUAAAUGCAGAAACAAACGUGCAAGCCCCUGGGUUUCCAGAAGCACCCCUGCCCCAUCCCCAGGCCACACCUGCACCAAACACACCUGCCUUUUCUAGGCCUGGCCUCUGGCUUUCUGGUGAAUGUAAAGAAUGUUUGCCAGGGACUAAGCCAUGGCCCCCUGGGGGACCUCUGGCCCUCUUGUGUGUCCCCCCACCCAGGGCUCACUCACACCAUCACCAUGAGUGAAGCAUUCGACUGUGCCAAAUGCAGCGAGUCCCUGUACGGUCGUAAGUACAUCCAGACAGACAGCGGCCCCUACUGCGUGCCCUGCUAUGACAACACCUUCGCCAACACCUGUGCCGAGUGCCAGCAACUUAUCGGGCAUGACUCAAGGGAGCUGUUCUAUGAAGAUCGCCACUUCCACGAGGGUUGCUUCCGCUGCUGUCGCUGCCAGCGCUCGCUGGCCGACGAGCCCUUCACCUGCCAGGACAGCGAGCUGCUAUGCAAUGACUGCUACUGCAGCGCCUUCUCCUCACAGUGCUCCGCCUGCGGGGAGACCGUCAUGCCUGGGUCCCGGAAGCUGGAGUACGGGGGCCAGACGUGGCAUGAGCACUGCUUCCUAUGCAGCGGCUGUGAGCAACCACUGGGCUCCCGCUCCUUCGUGCCUGACAAGGGCGCUCACUACUGCGUGCCCUGCUACGAGAACAAGUUCGCUCCUCGCUGUGCCCGCUGCAGCAAGACACUGACGCAGGGUGGGGUGACAUACCGUGACCAGCCCUGGCAUCGUGAGUGCCUGGUCUGCACCGGGUGCCAGACACCCCUGGCAGGGCAACAGUUCACCUCCCGGGAGGACGACCCCUACUGUGUAGCCUGUUUUGGAGAACUCUUUGCACCCAAGUGCAGCAGUUGCAAGCGCCCCAUCACAGGACUCGGUGGAGGCAAGUACGUAUCCUUUGAAGAGCGACACUGGCACCACAGCUGCUUCUCCUGCGCCCGCUGCUCUACCUCCCUGGUGGGCCAGGGCUUUGUGCCGGAUGGAGACCAAGUGUUGUGUCAAGGCUGCAGCCAGGCAGGGCCCUGAGCCGGAACUCCGGCUCAGGCUGUCCAGGACUUCGGCUUCUUUGCGAUACCACCUCUGGGUCCCAGCCCUUCCCCCACACGGGGUUCCCCUGGGCCCCAACAUUCAGUCUCCCACCCCCAGCACCCUCUAACUGGUACUUCUGACCCAGACUUGACCCUCUGUAGUGUGGACUCCAGGCCAAGCCCCCGCCCUGCCUCAGGGCUGCAGACCUCAGCCCUUCUAACCAGAAUUCUGGAACCUAGGCCUACCUUGAAUCUAGACUUGCCUCUCUCGAUUUUACAUGUUCUGCAGGGACCUGGGAAGUCCUCAGUUAUAGACUGCGCCGACUCCUGUCCUUGUCCUCAGUGGUGGGGGGAGGAGAGCUUUCUGGGCAGCACGUGGCAAGGCUUGCCUGGUUAAGGGGCCUUAGGGUGCAGGUGCUGCCCAGGCUGUGUCUGCCUGGUGUCUUAUCUGAUUUCAGCUCCCUGGUGCCCAGAGAUGAACAGAGGGGCGGGACUGGCUCGCCCCCCUCUUUUGGAUUCUGCAAUAAAGCAGUGUGAGGAA